AUGGCUCUGCCAUGUGGACUAGUCAAACAAUCCCCCGGUUGGAUUGUUUCCCCGAUAUGCUCUGUAUCGCCCGCUGAGGGUAUAAAUCGUGAGGCCGGAGGCCUUUGUUGUAAACUGGGAGACUCUGCCAAAUUUUUGGUAGAAAGUCUCGGCGGGGUCCGUCCCGGUUUCCAAGAAGAUUCGGGGCGGGUCCUAUCAUCGGCAGCUCAGCAAGAGAGUAGUUUGGGCUUGCUUCGGCAAGGGGGUGAAGAACGCAGCCGAGCUGUGGUGGUUUCGGCAAGUGAAACACAUCGGCAAAGUUUUGGGUCUCUCCACCUGCAGCAGACCCUCCUUUUCUUCUGCUGGACCCUUGCCGUUCGUCAAGGGUGGUACGACAUGGAUUUUGCUGAAUGUUGUUGUCUAUAUUCCCAGCAAAGCUUUGGGAGUUGGAGGCCUAGCGAAGUGACGGAACUAAGACAAGACCCGGUGAUUGGGAAAGUUCUCGGUUCGGGCCAUUGGAGCUAG